AUGUCUUCGUCCUUUAAAACUCUGGCUCUGCGCCUGCCCAGAGUAGCUCCCGCCCAGUCCCAAUCCGUCGUCAUCCGAUGCUGCUCGAAAGCUUCCUUGUCGACCACCGCUCGGCGCGCUUGCCUCACAAAGGGUUCUUCUCUGCGACAGAAUAGCCCUGCCAUUUCCAUGAAAUCAUGCAGCAGCAAUUUUGCAACAAGCAGCAAAUCCAUGCUUCGAUUGGUUCCCAAAGCCCGCGCGACCUCACCGAUGACGAUUGCCUCACAAGCACGAUGCUUCGCCAGUGUCACCUCUUCACUAUCUAGCUCCGCAGCCGCCUCUGCCUCGUCUGCCGCCGCCUCAUCCAAGUCCACACUCGACUGGGACUCUUUCUUCAAGCUGCGACUUCGCCGCCGACGUAUCCAGCUGUUCUUCUCUGUGACAUCGGGUGUGCUUGGUGGUGCUGGCGGUGCUAUUCUCCUUUCUACGGGUCUCGCGGAGCCUCUGGUUAUGCAGAUUCCUUUGGACCCAUUCGUCACCCUGGGUCUAAUGACGCUGGCGUGUGCUGCGAUGGGAUGGCUCGUUGGUCCUAGCAUUGGCAACCAGGUGUUCUACCUGAUGAAUCACCGGCUCAAGGCUCAGAUGAUGAGCAAGGAGACAGAGUUUUUCGCGAGAGUGAAGAAGAACCGAGUUGACCCUACCAACUCUAGUGCCGGUAACCCAGUUCCCGACUUCUAUGGCGAGAAAAUUCAAAGUGUUUCUGGAUACCGGCAAUGGCUCAAGGACCAGCGAGCAUUCAACAAGAAGAAGACCAGGGCGUUUGUGUAA